AUGGACCAACUUGUCACCCACAACAAUAUGCUUGAAAAUCAAAUUGCUCAGCAAGCAAGCUCUUCAAGCAAAACUGCUGAAGCACUCUCUCAAAUGCCAUCUUAUUCUAAGUUCCUCAAAGAUAUUUUAUCAAAGAAAAGAAGGCUGGAGGAGUAUGAGACUGUUGCUCUUACAGAGGAAUGCAGUGCCAUAUUGCAGAAUAAGCUGCCACCAAAACUCAAGGAUCUAGGAAACUUCUCCAUACCUUGUCUUAUCAGUAACAUGAAUAUAGGCAAAGCCCUUUGUGAUCUAGGUGCAAGUGUGAGUCUGAUGCCUUUGUCAAUAUGUAAGAAGCUUGAUGUGGGGGAACUUAAGCCUACAACAAUUUCAUUACAACUGGCUGAUCGAUCUGUAAAAUACCCUGUGGGCAUUUUAGAAAAUAUCCUUAUCAAGAUGGGAAAAUUCUUUAUCCCAGUUGAUUUUGUUGUAUUGGAAAUAGAGGAGGACGUCUAA